GUUUAAGGCACUGUGUUACAGAUAAGUUACAGGGUUUAAGGCACUGUGUUACAGAUAAGCUACAGGACGAAGUGAAACUACAGCUGGCAGAACUAGGAUUCUGUGAACGACUUUUGAAGUUAAUGCAGAAGUGUCAAGAGGGAGCUUAUAAUGGAGAAAGCUACAACAUUCUUAAGACGGUGUGUGACCUCAUCAUCCUAAUCUUAACUGGAGAUGACAGCAUGGAGAAGCUUUAUAAUGGAGGGACGACAGAAGUGUACAAAAAAACAAUGGCAUGGAUUACCUCAGACGAUGAGAACCUUCAGAUAGGUGGAGCUUUAGCUGCAGGGAACUUUGCCAGGAAAGAUGAUCCUUGUAUUCAGAUACUAAUGAUAUUAUCAGAUUUGUAG